AUGACCAACCAAAUGCACAAAAUAAACCACAAAGACCUGGAGAUAUUCGUCCGCGCAAUCCUCACAGCAAACGGCACACCAUCACCAAGUGCAGAUAUAGUAGCAAAAUGCCUCGUCUCAGCCGAUCUGCGUGGCGUAGACACGCACGGUAGUAACCGCAUUCCGAGCUACAUGGCGCGAAUCCGCCAAAAAGUACUUGACCCAGCCGCGCAGCCAACCCUGCGCCAAGUAACGCCUGUCGUAGCGCAGAUAGACGCGGCCAAUGGCUUCGGGUUCGUAGCCGCGCACGCAGGGAUGAAAUCAGCCAUUGAAAUGGCUGCUGUCUACGGCAUAGGCAUGGUAUCCGUCAAGCACUCGAAUCAUUUCGGGAUGUCGGCGUGGUUGGUGAAGCAGGCUCUUGAGGCAGACAUGAUGAGUCUUGUUUUUACGAAUUCGUCACCGGCACUUCCGGUUUGGGGCGGAAAGGAGAAGGUGAUGGGUGUUUCACCUAUAGCGUGUGGUGCGCCGGGUGGGAGGGAUGGAAAGCCGUUUAUACUCGAUAUGGCACCUUCUGUCGCGGCGCGGGGCAAGGUUUAUAAGGCACUUAGGCGUGGCGAGAAGAUCCCAGAGGAUUGGGCACUUGAUAAAAACGGGGAGAGGACUGACGACCCUGCGAAAGCUUUAGAGGGGGUUAUGUUGCCUAUGGGCGGGCCGAAGGGGUCUGCGUUGUCGAUUAUGAUGGAUGUUUUCUCGGGGGUAUUUUCUGGGGCUGCCUUUGCGGGGAAUGUUGCUAAUCCGUAUGAUCCAUCGCGGCCCGCGGAUGUGGGUCAUUUUUUGGUGGCUGUUAAGCCGGAUUUAUUUAUGUCUAUGGAGGAGUUUAAGGGGAGGAUGGAUUAUCUUUAUAAGAGGGUUGUUGAGUCCGAGAGGAUGGCUGAGGUUGAGAGGAUUUACUUUCCUGGGGAGAUUGAGUUGGAUAUGGAAGAGUUGAGGCUUGUUGAGGGUAUUCCUUUUGCUGAGGCUGAGGUUGUGAGCUUGAAUAAGGAGGCUGAUCUGGUUGGCGUUGAACAUUUGAAAGUGCAGUGA